GAGCGCUGAAUCUUUGUCCUGACUCUCCACGUUCCUGGACCUUAGGUAUCUCUCCGUCGCGUCUCCAAUACCAGCCUCCUUUGUAUGGCUACAAAAGCUUUUUCUGUCGAGGACGCGAUUCAAGCCCUCGAAAAGGAUGGAUUUUAUUCUAUACCAGAUCGCGAGGUCGGGCUCUGCCUCGCAGAGAUGGACCAAGGCACGUCUCAAUUCUCGCCUUCCACUGUUGCAGGUUUGGAAUUCUACCGCCUCCACGUCCUGCAAGACACACGCAUCGUGUCCACUCUCAACUCCUCGUUCGAAUGGUGUGCCAUGGGAGAUUACCGAAGAAUACGAGAAGACCAAGGCCAUAUCUUCCAACUGAGGAGGGGCGGCGCGAACGCUGACAUUCUUGUCGUACAGCUAUGGAGCGCAAAGUCUCAAGCAACGUACUACAGGGGUUCGCACAGAGUCUCGCGGGAGGUGUUGAGCAGUGUUCGUGCGGCAAAUCGCAUGUGGGAGGUCCCGCGUGCCAGGUUGGAACUAGCGGGCUGUGAGGCUCGAGAUAUUACGUUCGAAGAUGGUGGACUAGUGAUAAUGGAUGCAAGAGUUGCCUUCGAAACGAGACACGGAUCACCAGUAACGUUCUCAUUUGCCACAUCAGCCCAGUUGAAGAACUGGCCGAAGCUGAUCCCUCCGAAAACACAACAAGCAACACAGCUGGUGGCAGCACUUCAGAGCGAAAGAGUCGGAGCAUACUAUGCAGAUGGGACUGAGGGUUAGGAUGGUAGAGGAGGAGCAUCAGUUUGUCAGCGCCUAUCUUGGCUAGAGAAUACUCGAAAUCACGUCUUAGUAGCUCAGCAGCCUCAUGUAUACCCGCAUGUCAAUGGCCAAGCCAGGCCUUUCCUCAUUACCUUCCGCUGCAAAUAUUUGUUUGCCUAAGAUUUAUGCUCUCAAGGUAUUGAUCCGUUCCCGCCCUGUCAAACCCAAACGCGAGCCGCACCAUCUCGCGGACAUGACCUGCAUCUUGUUCUGGGAAGCUUCGAAGAUUGGUGAAGCAAGCAUAAACCCUUGACGCUGGGCUCUCCAAUACCUCGGCGAAUGUUCCUCCUAGAUACCGACCUUCCUCCCUCAGUACAAAUUCAGCCUCCCGGAACUUUUCAGAAUACAGCUUUCGGGCGAAAUCUUGCCGCGACAUGUUUCUGUGUGCGAUGUGUUGAGGGUCGUCCAGGGCACUCUUUAUCAUUUCGUCCGGCCAAAGAAGUGGAAAAGGCAUCGGGUAAUGAUUGACCUGCCACGGCGCAGCUUGAGCGAACUCCCAGUCGAUAAGGCCCAGGAAGUUGAAUUUGUCGUCAACUAUGAUGUUCUGCGUGCCGAGAUCCAUGUGAUUGAGGGGAUAGCAUGCCUGUGAUUCCUUGAAGAGCCCAGUAUUCCGUACGAUGUCGAUAAAAACCAGCGCCCCGAGUCUGCUAAAGUGUGAGAGGUCUUGAUCGUGGAGACCUGCCUUACGGAGGGCAGCUUCUCCGGUGGCGGUGAAGUAUUCGGCUGCCGUGGAGAAUGGCCCUUGAGGAACGAGGCCCUCAGAUGCUGAUAUGGACAACUUCCCAAUGACAGGAUC